AUGGAAGUCGCCAACCUGGAAGCCGCUUUCGAGCGCAUCACCGUCACAGAUGAGCACGACGACCAGGUCACAUCUACCACCAACUAUCCUAAAACAAAGCCUUCCCUCGUGACGGCUGCAUCAUUACCCGGCCUAUCAUCGUCACAAUCAGCCGGCAACCGCAUGAAGCUACCCCAUCAAAUACCUCUCCAGAAGCUUGCAACCACAAAUGCAAGUAAGAGCGCCAGCAUUGCGAAAGUUACCAUCACAGCGACAGCAAGCCGCCCUGCGGAGCUCACCUCUCACCGACGUACACUCACCGACUCCGCCCUCUACACAGUCCCUUCCACCCCCAAGGCCUGGCAUCUCGGCAUGUUUGAGAUUGGUAAACCCCUCGGAAAGGGAAAGUUUGGUCGCGUCUACCUCGCAAAAGAGCGCAGCUCAGGCUUCGUUUGCGCCCUGAAAGUACUCCACAAGUCCGAACUGCAGCAAGGCAAGGUGGAGAAGCAAGUCCGACGAGAAAUCGAAAUCCAAUCGCACCUCACCCAUCCUAAUAUUCUUAAGCUAUUCGGCCACUUCCACGAUGCAAAGCGCAUCUUCUUGAUCCUUGAGUUCGCCGGCAAAGGAGAACUAUACAAGCAUCUCCGUCGCGAGCAGCGAUUUCCAGAGCCCAAAGCCGCACAGUACAUUGCGCAAAUGGCUGCAGCACUCAAGUACCUGCACAGAAAACACGUCAUGCACCGCGACAUCAAGCCCGAGAACAUCCUCGUUGGCAUCCAUGGCGAAAUCAAAAUCUCUGAUUUCGGGUGGUCAGUACACGCACCCAACAACCGACGAAACACCAUGUGCGGAACGCUCGACUAUCUGCCCCCGGAGAUGCUAAAGGGUGGCGGCAAGGACAACUUUUACUCUGAAAAGGUUGAUCUGUGGAGUUUGGGCGUGUUGACAUAUGAGUUUCUGGUGGGCGAGGCGCCGUUUGAAGAUACGCAGGUUAUGACCCAGCGUAAGAUCGCGAGAGGAGAGUAUACGGUGCCGAAUUUUGUAAGCCCGGAGGCAAAGGACUUGAUUAAGAGGCUCCUCGUCCUUGAUCCGGAAAAGCGUAUUGCGCUCGAAGAUGUGGAGCGACAUCCAUGGAUCGUAAAGCAUUGCAAAGGUAGCGAGCGAGCAUACGAUCGCGCCUCAGGAGGCAAGUUUCGAAGCAGCUCGGAGUCGGAAGACUACUGA